AUGACUACAAAGGCCCAAGAUAAGCGUAAGGACCCGGCUAGUAGACCUUACAAGUGUACGAUGUGUGACAAGGCAUUCCACCGACUUGAACAUCAGACAAGACAUAUAAGAACUCAUACGGGGGAGAAGCCCCACAGUUGUUCAUUUCCUGGAUGUUUUAAGAAGUUUAGUCGGUCAGACGAACUUACUAGACACUCGAGGAUCCAUACGAAUCCCAAUUCACGCCGAAAUAAGAACUUGAGUAAGUCCCAGCAGAAAAUACCAGUGCCCCCACAAACAUCGAGGGGAGAUCAGUCAGACCAGUCUAAGGAGGAAAUACAAAUAAUUAACGAAAAACCACAAUCAGAACACGUUAAGACGGAGAAGGGCGACAUAGAGGAUUCGGUAAUGCAACCUUCGGUGACACAUCAUGCGCAUGGUGUUCUUGGGGCACCACUAAAGGUGAGUAGCUCCGAGUCGUCAUUUUCAUCGAACCCGUUGAGUAAAAAGAAGUCUCACAAUUCGGACCACUUAGCUAAUAAGGGUCACAGAUCAGAAAUUAGUGACGAUGAAAUGCAAAGUACACCACCCCUGGACGAUUGUGCUUCCCAUCCAAAUGGCAAGAAGAACAUCGAUGUUUUGGCCUCUGCUGCCUCAGAGGAAUUGGAGAACUUGAACUCAAAGUCAUUACCUUCAUUGACAGACUAUUUCAAUAAUGGUAAGAAUGCUCCAUUUUCUGCUCCCGCUCCAAAACCAAUAAACUCGUCCAAUUCGACCAAUAACUUACAGUACUUAUCUAAUGUGGCUAUGAUGUCUUCCAACAAACCCCAAUCAAAAAGCUCAACUACAUUAGCCAGUAAAGGCCUUACAAAUGCUUUGUCAGUUUUGCAAAGGAUGACGCCAUUAAAUCCUGUCCCGCAGAAUUCGCAUGCUUUACAGGAUUCAGACUUCGAUUACGUGAAACAGAGAUUAAAGAAAUCAAGACCUAAUUCUCCUGUUAAUGGUAAACAUUUCACUUUACCCAACUCCCCAGUCCUAGGCUUAUCAUCCACUACAACCCCAAUAAUCUCCGCUAGUAACAGCUCUACUAAUUUAGCCGCCUUAAUGAUGGCUCCAUCCUCAAAUAAUGUUAUUACCGAUGGUGGCUUUAUACCGAGACAGAAUAAUUCGUCACCGCCACCACAUAAUGCUUUUGAUAGAAAUAACUUGAAGGAUGAGAAUAGCUUACCUCCCUUAAGAAGCUUGAAAUUGGAAUUGCCUACAAAUUUGCCAAUGCAAUCUAUUAAUGCUUCAUUUGAUAUGGGUUCUACGCUUAGGAAUACGCCAUUCCCUUCAAAUACUGGUGAAGGUCGUCAAUAUUAG